GUUUUCUACGGCGCUGGCACCAACCGAUAGACUCAUCUAGACGCACUAUGGUAGAAACGAGGUAGCGCAGAUCGUCAGGACACCGGAAGUCGCGCGUGUGCGAGCUUCCUUUCUAGAAGUUGUAGUUUUUCGUAGCAGAUCUAACGUUAGCUUCCACUUGUGAGCCUCGCCAGGCUAAAGGAGUUGGCUAAUUGGCUUUCGGAGCGGUAGAAAACGUCGGUGUUUCCUGUUGUCAUUCAACAAGAGCCUAGCUUCUGACAAGAUCAUGGCAGAUUUCUCGCUGACUGAUGCUUUAGGAGACGACACACUGAGCCAGGCUAAGAAAAUAGGCAACACUAAUCCCGCUGUCCCUGUCAGCAAUCAUCCUCCCGCUUCAAACCCAGGAUGGCCUGGUUCUGCCCCAGGAGCUCCCACUCAGCCCUCAGCACCAGCUGAUUUCAGCAGUGGAUUAUCUGGCCCAGGAGCGCCGGGUCCAUUCCAAUACCCCUCAGGUCCUGGAGCACCAGGGCAAUACCCGGGACCUCCCUCAGCACCUGGUGGCUUCCCUGCUGGUCCUGGAAUACCUGGACAAUAUCCUCCUGCACCAGGAGCUCCAGGCCAGUUUCCCUCCAGUCCCGGGGCGCCUGGACAGUUCCCUGGGCAGUAUCCAUCUGAAGGAACUCCCGGACAGCUACCUGGAGGUCCUGCUCCUUAUCCAACAGGACCGUUUCCGUCUGGCCCUGGUGCUCCCGCUGGCCCUUAUCCAAAUGUGCCUUUCUCUGGUGGGCAGCCAGCAGGAGGCAAUGGGAUGUAUGGACCAGGAGGUCAAGGUGGAUUUCCUCCUCCAGCUGGACCAGGAUCUUUCCCAGCAUUCCCUGGAGGUGGAUUCCCCCCAGUACCACCUGGGUCAUGGGGAUCACCAGGAGGAGGUUUCCCGGCUGCCCCUGGACCUGCUCCGUUUGGCCCUGGGCCCAUGGGUCCAUAUGGUGGACCUGCUGGUCCAGGAGGCACAUUGAUGGUGCCGUACGAUCUUCCUCUUCAUGCUGGGAUUAUGCCGCGCCUUUUAAUCACAGUGAUCGGAGAGCCGGUUCCUGGUGCGGGCAGGUUCCAGGUUGACUUGAUUAAAGGUUCAGACGUCGUCUUUCACUUCAACCCUCGCUUUAAUGAGCAAACCAUUGUCCGAAACUCCAACCUAGGAGGUUACUGGGGCCCGGAGGAGCGAGAGGGUCCCUUCCCCUUUGUCCAGGGGCGCCAGUUUGAGUUGAAGAUCCUAGUUGAAGAGGACAUGUUCAAAGUCGCCGUGGACGGCACCCACCUGCUGGAAUACGAGCACAGAGUCGGCGGCCUGGAGGAGGUGACCCUGCUGCGGGUGACCGGAGACAUCAUUCUCUACAGCGCAGCCCCGAGCAUGAUCUGAAUCUCAAGAGCACGCUGUCUUGGGGAUCCAACUCAAAUUAUUAACCCAUGUAUCUGACAACUUCCUCCAUGUUUCUGGAAUCCUUUCAGAUACAUGGAGGCAGUUGAUGGAGUUUGCAAGUACAGUGAUCAAAGUGCAAUUGUCCCUCACAUCACGCAUUUACUGCAAAGCGUGACGCAGAUUGAAUCAAGGCAGUGCUUGAUAAUCUUUUUUUUUUUUCUACUGAAUGAAAUCUCAUUUCAAUGUUAACUUUCUUUUCCUUUUUGUUUUCCUAUUAUUUUUUUUUACCCAAUUCUAAUCAAAAGAUGGGGUGAAGUAAAUGUGCAACAAAUUAAAGGAAGAGUAAUUAAUUUAUUAUAAAAAAAGAAGAUUGUAAGUAUAGAGGGAAUAAAGAAGCAUACCAUGCAUUUCAUAUAAUUUCUUUUGGGAAGCAGUGUUUCGUUUACAGUUUUUUUUUUUUUUUUUUGGGUGAACAUAACAUAAUAAGCCUUCGUAGUGCAUGAAAGCGUGAUGCUGAAUAUUCACUUUUAUUUCAAUGCUGAACCACAACCCUCUGAAGUCACACAUAGGCUAAUUAUGAAGUUUCUUCAAAUGUAAGUAUUUAUAUGCAGUGUUUGUUCCUCUUCUCUUCAGCUGUUAUUCUCCUGAGCUCCAGGCUUCAAGGGUUGUUGAAGUGUUUCACAAGUUUAAACAUAACAGCAAAAAUGGCACUAAUUAUUAGAUAAACAUGUAUGUGGGAGGGAUGGAUUUUCUGACUUUGUGCCAAAGAGAAGUGGUACAUAUUUUGAAUUUCUAAAUAAAAAAACAACAUAAAACUUUUAA